GCAGGCAGGACCAAUGGCAGAGGGGAUAUUCCGCCGAGCAGACAGUGCGACAGCGCUUCAGGAGCUGCGAGAGGCCCUGGACCGUGGUGAGGACAUCGACAUGGCAAGGCAGCCUGCACUGCUGUUGGCCGUCGUCCUGAAGGACUUCCUCCGAAGCAUCCCCUCCAAGCUCCUUGUCAACAACCUCUACGAGGACUGGAUGGCUGCAAUGCAGAAGACCAGCAGGGAGGAGAAGGUGGAAGAGCUGAAAGCGGUGGCUGAUAAGUUGCCUGGGGCCAACCUCCUCUUCCUCAAGCAGCUGCUGUCCCUCCUGCGGUGCAUUGGCCACAACGCAGCCACCAGCAAGAUGACGUACAGCAACCUGGCCAUUUGUGUUGGGCCAAACUUGCUGAGCCCACCCAACGAGGACGGGCUGCCACUAGAAGCUAUGCUGGAGGUCACUGAGAAGGUGAAGGGGCUGGUGGAGUUCCUGAUUGAAAACUUCAGGGACGUCUUUGAGGAGGAGACCACUGCUCUUUUCUGUGCAGCAGCCAAGGAGGGUCCAGCCCCCACAGAAAGAUACAGUGAUGUGCCUUUGGAAGAGCCACGAGUCCCCACAGGCAGAGCUGAAACAGAGCAUCAGGCAGAGGCCUUGUCCCCUACACCCCCUUCCCUGCUCCGUGUCCUGAAGGAAGUGGGGGAAGACAUGGUGGUGGAGCCCAACACGGGAGAGGCACCCAGAGCUUUAUCUCCAGCCACACCAGAGACCACACCAGAGAUCUCACCAGAGAUCACACCAGAGACUGUGCCAGAUAUCACACCAGAGACUGUGUCAGAGACCACACCAGAGACUGUGCCAGAGACCACACCAGGGACUGUGCCAGAGACCACACCAGAGACUGUGCCAGUGACCUCACUAGAGAUCAUACCAGAGACCAUGCCAGAGAUCACACCAGAGAUCACACCAGGGACUGUGCCAGAGAUCACACCAGAGACCACACCAGGGACUGUGCCAGAGAUCACACCAGUGAUCACACCAGAGACCACACUAGAGAUCACACCAGAUACUGUGCCAGAGACCACACCAGAGAUCACACCAGAAAUCACACCACAGGCUAUGCCAGUGAUCACACCAGAGACCACACCAGAGAUCACACCAGAUACUGUGCCAGAGACUACACCAGAGACCACACCAGAGACCAUGCCAGUGACCUCACUAGAGACCACACCAGACUCCCUGGCAUGUGGAGAAGAAAUCAAGAGCUCUUCAGAGGAGGAAAGAAGGUUUGCAGGCUGCCAGCAGGAAAAUGAAAAGAGGAACAGAAGAAAGAGAAAAGUAGCUUGGACAGAGGAGAGAGAGUGGCAGCGAGAGAUGAAGAGGAGGAAGACAGAAGAAAGCUGCAAAUUCAAAGAAGCAGGUGUUCUUCUCCUGUUACCUGUGGAAGUGCUGUGACUCCUGGGCUCCCACAGUUGUCAUCACAAUAAAAUGAUCUUUUUUCUCUGCUGAA